AUGGUACAGGGUGAAUAUCCUCCAGAUGAUAAUUUAUUUAGAGCGUUUAUAAACGCUCUAUAUAAUACUAUUGAUGCUCCAGUAACAUGGUUCAGAGAAAGUGUUGUGGAACCAAACCAGAAGAAGUAUCCCUGGUACCACAAGGUGUACCGCCGCGUUCCUACCAUUGACCAAUGUUAUACUGAUGACGUCCUUUGCGACUUCGAAGCCAACGCGCAGUUUAAACGUGAUAGGGCUGUUGAUUCUGAAAUAUUGAGUAUUAUUCGUACGCGUUAUGAAGAUUGCAUGGCGUAUGAGACCCCAGAUCAUUUGACUAUUUGCAAACCUCUCUGGGAAAGAUACAAAGCUGCUGAAGAAGCUUGGUUCAUUAAAUAUGGUGACCUAGGAGCUUAUGCAGAUGCUAAGAAAGCAUAUAUGAAACAGAAACAUCGUAUGAUUUGGGAAAGACGUCAUGGACCUCUCUCCGAACACACUAAA